CAAUUGUCAAACAGUUAGAUUUGAUACGUAUGGGUUGUGGUUGUGUUGCUAAUUGCCGCUAUAAAAAUAUUAAAAUAAAAUUUUUAUUAAAAGUGCUACUCGAAGUCUACUAUUCGGAUAUCUUGCUGCUAUCAUUGUUUUAAUUGAUAUCUACUCUAAUACAUCAUAAUGGCUACCGUGCGCGAUCCUACAGUUGUGGGUGUGACACCGUUCAAUGCAGUGGAGGAUGCAGCAGCCCUCCGCUCCGCCAUGAAAGGCUUUGGUACUGACGAGGAUGCCAUCAUCGCUAUCCUCACCAGCAGGUCUAAUGCUCAGCGGCAGGCUAUAUCGCAGGCUUUCACACAUGAAUAUGGAAGGGACUUAAUCGAAGAUCUAAAAUCCGAGCUUGGUGGUCACUUCGAGGACGUGAUCAUUGCGCUGAUGCUGCCCCCAGCGGAGUACCUCUGCAGGGAGCUCCAUCACUGCAUGGAUGGCAUCGGCACUGAUGAGAAGGUGCUCGUGGAGAUACUGUGCACGCGCACUAAGAAGGAAAUAGCGGAGAUUGUGGAGACUUAUGAGAGAUUGUACAACCGACCUUUAGCUGAGCACAUGUGUUCAGAAACCUCUGGGGAUUUCCGCAGACUACUCACUCUUAUUGUUACUAGAUCGUCCCAGGGCGCGAGAGAUGAAGAGGCUGGCGUGGACCAGACCCGGGCUGCGGAGGCAGCUCAGCAACUGUAUGAUGCCGGAGAGGCCAAGUGGGGCACUGAUGAGGAGAUAUUUAAUAAGAUCCUAGCCCACGAGAGUUUCGGCCAAUUGCGCGCCAUUUUCGAAGCGUACAAGAACAUAUCCGGUCGCACGAUCGAGCAGGCGAUCAAGGCGGAGAUAUCCGGGGAACUCGCUGAGGCCUUGAGUGCUAUUGUGGAGUGCGUGGAGAACGCGCCCGCGUGGUUCGCGCGAAGGUUGCGGGAUGCCAUGCAAGGGGGGGGUACUGAGGAUCGGAUCCUAGUCAGGAUCCUGGUAAAUAGAUCCGAGAUCGAUCUCGAGGCUGUCAAGCGGGAGUAUGAAGUGCUGUACGAUAAGACGCUACUGAGCGAUGUUGCGCAGGGAGAAACUUCAGGCGACUACAGAAAGGCGCUCAUCGCGCUACUCGGCCCGGCCUAAACAAGAUUUUAGGAAGAGUUUUAGCAGCUUUUAGAUUCAUAGGAAUCUCGAAAUUUUUGCUCUUUUAAUAUUUAUUAUACAAUAUGUUUACGAAAGUAUUUUGUAAGGUAACUAAUCUUUGAAACAUCCUACUAAAGCUACCUGAUUGGAAUAUUUGUAGACAGAAUAUUUAUUGUAUGUAAUGUUUCCUCAAUUCGUGUGGCCUUAGAAAAGCCUAAAAGUGCUUUGAUUGUUGUAAUAGAAUAAGAGAUUAUUUAGAGUUUAAAAAUAUAAUUUUUGACAUGUCAAGACAAAAAUCAUUCCACCGUUAAUUUAUUUUAUCCAGUGUUGUAAGCUUUAAUUCUUGUUUUCUUCUUAAAUAUAUAUUUAUAAUGAUA